AUGCCAUCUUACCUCUUCCCAUCUUUGGCCGGCUUCCUUGCCUUUUUUUCAUUACUCUCAGUCGUUGGCUUCCACGUGGCGACACUCAAUGUCGUUGACCAGCUCUCACCUCAAGGAUGCCGGAUGUCCUAUAUGUGGGAAUCAUAUGUGCCACAGUCCAGAUUUGACGGCACCUGGACCUCGUUAGCAAACCGCUACUCCCUCCAGCUGUAUCGAGAACACGACGGGCAGGGAAAUCACUGGGGUUCGGACGCCCUCAAAUCCUUGCCAGUGUUGUUUAUUCCUGGCAAUGCUGGUUCUUGGCGUCAAGUUCGCUCCAUUGCAUCCUCGGCCGCUAGACAAUAUUAUCACGCACCAUCCUCCGCUGCUCCGGAGUUUAGAGAUCGGAUUAGGCCGUUAGACUUCUAUGCAGUGGAGUUCAACGAAGACUUAUCUGCAUUUCAUGGACCGACAAUUGAGGCCCAGAUCACCUACACUGCGCGCGCAAUCGACUAUAUUCUCUCCCUUUACCCACCCGGUACCCAAAUCAUCGUUAUGGGUCAUUCUAUGGGAGGUGUUGUUGCGACAUCUCUCCUCAGCCCCGAAUAUAACCACACUGGCAACAUCUCUACCAUAAUCACCAUGUCAACGCCACAUAAACUCCCUCCAGCCCGCUUAGACGCCCGUAUUGACGCCAUUUAUGACCUGACGAGAAAAGUCCUUGCUCUUGAUCCCACACCAAUUGUGUCGCUUUGCGGGGGUGCGACGGACCUGAUGAUUCCUUCCGAGUCUUGUGUUCUACCCGAAUCUACCUCAUUUAGACGGACGGUCUUUUCGUCUGCUCUCGAGGGUGCUUGGACCGGUGUCGGACAUCGGGAAAUGGUUUGGUGUCACCAAGUUCGAUGGCGUAUCGCUCGUGCUGCUCUCGAAAUAGAUUCUGCCUCUACUUCGGAGAUGCGAGCUCUCGUUCUGGAUCGCUGGUUACGAGACGGACAUGCUCUUCCACCACUUCCUCAUUCCACCACUGCUAUACCAACCAACGCAGAGUUCCUGCCAGUUGACAUGCCGCUGGUCUUGCGAAAUCCACACGGCGAACAAACGUAUCUUUUACCCGUUCCAGCAGCGAGCUCCACGAAAUUUGUCAUUCUUCUCUCACAAGGCUCAAUUCAGCCAGUUUCUCCACAAAAUCCAAUUUCUCUAUCAGCAUCUGUCUUUUCGUGUAGCGGAACAACCAAGGAUUCAUUACGAUGUAGUGAGCAACCACCCUCAGUGUUAAAGCUUCUUCCAAGUCCAAUCUUGGGAGGUCCAUUUCCCAUUCCUAAAGAGGGAUCAGACGAGUCGGAGGGUGUUGUGUUGUUCGAAGCCGACAUCGACCCCAAUUCAAGUUGGGUUGGUGUGAAGAUGGAGAAUGGUCGUGGGGAGGGUUGGAUUGUUGGAGAUUUCGUGCCAGAUGAACCGGUUGUUAAUGAUGUUCGGACGUUGCAACUCUUUUUUGGCAAAGUUUCGAUAUCAAUGCCAAAAAGCGAGACUUACAGAAGCUCUUUUGAGUUCCCUAAUCUACUAUCGAACGCACUGGUCGUUUACAGAGUCACACCGCAUCAUUCAGCACUCGACCAACGUUGUGACCCUCUCUUCCCCCCUCUUCUCCAACACACUUCUCAACCAUCGGAAACGCAUUACUUUCCUCUCCUCGUCCCACCAGAGAGAAAAAUCCUUCUUCACACACACGCUUCUGCGCCACAUGUUCAAACUCAUAAUGUAUCGGCAUUCGGUAUCAAGUUCGCCAUGUAUUCCUCUGGUCCUACUGGAUGUUUGUCGCCAAUAACCACGUUUGAUCUUUCUAUCGACUGGUCUGCAACCUUUGGACGCUGGGCAUCGAGGUAUUAUACCAUUUUGCCUGUUUGGGCAACGGGAAUCGUUGCGUGGAUAUUAUUCCAUGCUUGGGGGACUAGUGAAGCCGGAGCUCCUGUUCCAACACUCGAGGACUCGAUAUCGAUAUUUCUCAGAAAACCAUUGCGACGAUUACUUUUGCUUUCCGCACUAGUUUCGCUCUGCCCAUUACCAGAGGCGUUCUACCUCGGUAACAGGGGCGAACCAUAUUUCACUGCAGUAGCGCCAUUGUUGGUGUUGAUUUCUACGGGAUUUGUCUGUACAACGUGGUAUCUUCUCCGACUGCUAUUGUGGCCGCUGUCCAAGCUCGGUCGACUGGGACGACGAGACACAACUGUCCACCGAAGCACCGUCAUCUCGAUGAUCUUCAUUCUCCUCCUAAUAUUUCUCUUUGUGCCCUGGCAAGUGGCCUUCCUUGGCUGCUGGGCCAUCCAUCUCUACAAUUGCGCCAUCUCCCAGGCGCACGUGAGGCACUUCGCUUCGAUUCCAGAUGCAGUCGCAAUACCUCUUUUACGCCGCGAUGGCGAACCCCAGUCUGUAACGCCCAGCCAUCGACCGGUAGCUCCGCCGCCGCCGUUUGUUGCGGGCAAUCACAACCACAGCAUGCAUAUUCUGUUGUUCAUGACUUGGUUAUUGCCCCUCGCUGCCCCCGUGCUCGUUGUCUGGGUCCGAACUCUUGCUGGCGCGGGUCUGACAACGCCGUUUGACGGAGACCACUUCGUGUUGAGUGCGGCACCGUUUUUAGUGUUGGUGGAUUUUGCCUCAUGGGUCGGCGGACCAUUAUUCGAGAAGCAACGUUUUGAGCGACCGAUGUCCGUGCGAUGGGCUUUUGCCUGUGUGUCUGGGGUAUCUUUUCUGCUGGGCUCGCGUAAACCUUACCUGGUUUUCGAUCUGGCGAAGGUUGCGAUCGGUCUUGUGGUAGUCGUCAGGAUUGGACCUAGAUAUUGGGGUCGCUCUUCUUGGGCCCCUGUCUGA